AUUUAAUUGCGAAGCUCCAAUAAAUGGGAUUUUCGUAGAUAAAACAAAUAGAGGAACGUGGAUUUAUAAAAUUCUGAAGCGUAUAAAUAUUUCAAUAGGUGAAGGAUCAGAAGCUAUCUUCGUUCAAUAUGAAGAAAUUCGUACUUUGUCUGUGUUUGAUUCUAUUGAUUGAUGUCUUGAUUACCGAAGGAAAAAAUAGUGGUAGACCUCCCGGCGGUGGAGGUGGACCUCCCGGCGGUGAAGGUGGACCUCCCGGGGCUGAAGGUGGACUUCCCAGCGGUAAAGGUAGACCUCCCGGCGGUAGAGGUGGACCGCCUGGCGGUAAAGGUAGACCUCCCGGCGGUAGAGGUGGACCUCCCGGCGGUGAAGAUGGACCUCCCGGGGCUGAAGAUGGACCUCCCAGCGGUAAAGGUGGACCUCCCGAAGGUAAAGGUAAACCUCCCGGCGGUAGAGGUGGACCUCCUGGCGGUAAAGGUAGACCUCCCGGCGGUAGAGGUGGACCUCCCGGCGCUGAAGGAGGACCUCCCGGCGGUAAAGGUGGACCUCGCGAUGGUAAAGGUGAACCUCCCGGAGGUGAAGGUGGACCUAUCCACGAUUGAUCUUUCUGAGGUAGAGGUGGACUUGGGGUGAGUUUUUUAUACCUCCUCGUAAACCCAGCGGAAGUGAAAUCCGUUUAAAAAUUCACGCUGAACGCUUUCUUAUAUUCCGGCUGGAGUGCGCACCGUUGCACAGCAAAACGGCCACUCGUAGUAGUAGUUUACGGUAAAAGGCAACACGGCGUUGGGCAGUUUUGUUAUGGGAUUCAUUAUGUGUUUUAUGAAUAAAAAGUUGUGAAAGUUAUUUGUGAAUUUGGUUGUGAAAGCGCAAGUUAAGUGCACACUAGGGUUUCUCCAACGGGAUCCCGGCUGUUUUUUUAACUCGGGAAUUUCUUCUCAUCCUGGGAUAUCCCGCAAAUUUAUUAAAACUUCACUGUUUUCAUAGCAUACAAAUAACACCUUAUCCUUGCCGAGAAAGUAUUUAUUUCAUAAAAACAAACGUUUUCAGCCUGAUUCACAGGCCAUCAUCAGGUUGUGAACGAAAUUAGAACUAAAGUAUUCCAAAAUAGAAUAUAAAUUCAAAAAAAUUAAAUAAUUAACGGAAUAA